AUGGCUACUGGAGAGAAUGAUCCAAAUUGCGACCCUAUCUGGGGCGACUUUGUUGACUCGGAUGACGAGUGCGAGGUCGAGGAUGCAUGCGAGCCGGUUGAGCGAUACGAGGAGGGGCUCUAUUAUCCAGUCUGUAUAGGAGAAGUCCUUGUUGACAGGUAUCGUGUUGAGCAUAAGCUGGGCCAUGGCGGCUCCUCAACCGUCUGGAUGGCGAAUGACAUGCUCAGCAACGACAACGUCGCUCUUAAGAUUAUGUCACCUGGGCCUUCCGGCGAGCGCGAGUAUGCUGCGCAGAAUAUGAUCGCCAGUGCCGUUCAGGACACAUCUCGCCUCUUGAUAAACCAGGAUACAUUUCUGCUACCUGGCGUAUCUCAGAUAUACCAUAGGGUUCUGGUCUUCCCUUUGCUGGGCCCCAGCCUGCGGACAUAUGCCUCUUCCAUGUCUACUGCUGCUCGGCGGUCAUCCGCCAAGCAACUACUACAAGCCAUCAAGGCGCUGCAUGAUGGUCAAGUUAUACAUCGAGAUAUUAACAGCGCCAAUGUCUUAUAUGGACUUGCUCCUUUUGAGAAUGACACCACUAUAGCUACUAAAUACAGUUAUCUUGGGCGCCCCCGGAAAAUGCCGAUACCUACAUACCGACCCAUGUGGAAAGACGGCCAGCUGGUUAUGCCUAUGAUCCCACACAAUACUGUAGUACAGGAGACCAUAACCCUCGCCGACUUUGGCCUGGCCGUCAAGUCUGGUACCUCCGUGGAUUACAAAGGCCAGCCGCCCGCCAUCUACUGCGCCCCAGAACGUAUCCACAGUAUAGAUCCGAGCUUUGCUUCCGACAUGUGGAGCUAUAUAUGCAUCUUUGCCGAGCUAACCCUCGGUUUUCCCCUAUUCUACGGCUCAGCGGACUCUUCAGUCGUUGAAUUUAUGGUCAAAAGUCUGGGUCCUCUUCCUUCAUCCUGGAAGGGCUCUUAUGAAGGCGGCGGGCAGUAUGACGAGUCAUGGUACAGCCAGAAUAGACAGCCAGAUCCCCAUCACACUCUGGAGGCAAAGAUCAAGCGUGCACUAUAUGACACUAGUCCUGUCGAGCAACAGCUAGUGCUCUCUAUACUGAAGAGGGGUCUAUCAUAUUCGCCUGAGCAUCGCUUCAGUGCUGGGCAACUUCUGGAAGAUGUGUCCUUUAAGGAGCUAAUGGCCAUAUAUGGACUCUAG